AUGGCCAGUACUCAGGGUGUCAACGUCUUCCGUUACUCGGCUCUCGUCGCUGGUCUCAUCUAUGGUGUUUACCACCAGUCUUCCAUCACUCAGGCCGCCAAGCGCACGGAGAUCGAGCACGAGUACGCCCGCAAGGAGCGCCUGAUCGAGCAGGCCAAGGCCGAAUACAAGAAGAAGACCCAGCCCAAGCAGGAGACCACCACGCAAUCAAGCGGAGUGAUCACCAAUUUCGAGGACCCCAAGUUUGAUCUCGAGGCUUUCUUGCUGGCUAAGUUCAAGGAGAACCCUUGA